UAUAUGUUGAGAUAGAAGCAUGUCAUAAAUUGACUGUCUUUAAACGGUAAGUGAUUUGUACCUUUGAUGCGCGUCAAAAGUGAUAUAAAGUGAUGCUCAGUGUAAUCUACUCGUCACCUGUGAAAUGUAAUAUUACGAUACAACAUAUCUAAUGCGUUGACGGAUGUAUGUUACUGUGUUUUCAAACAUGCAAUACGUGUUCGUGCGCUUGCUGAUAUUACAAUGGAGUUUAAUAACGUGUUAUGUGGCUUCUCAGACAGCUGAUGAUGUAAAAAAUCUUACCACGACGUUAUAUAAAUCUGCUGAAUAUAAUAAAAAGGUUCGCCCGUUAAAAGAUCAGAACGAAGCUGUUGUAGUUGGGACUGAUUUGAUUCUUGACGCUAUAAUUGAUUUCAAUGAGCGAGAAGAGAAUUUGAAGAUCAGCGGUUCUCUAUUCAUGACAUGGACCGAUGAAUUUCUUCAGUGGAAUACAACGGAUUACGGAGGGCUUGAACAUCUUCUGUUGCCGCAAAAUGACAUAUGGCGACCGGGCGUCAGACUUCAUAACUCCUUUCGAACAUUUAUCGGUUUGGGUUCAAGUGAUUUGUUGCUCAGAGUUUCCUCAUCAGGUGAUGUUUCCUGGCAACCUUACCAGAUAUUUGAAGCAACGUGUGAAGUAGACAUCACGUAUUUCCCAUUUGACACACAGGAAUGUCCUCUAAAAUUUUCUUCAUGGAGCUAUUCAACAGAUCAAGUAAAACUGAUUGGAGGAAGCUAUGUAGAAUACGUUGAAGGAAGAAAAGGCAUCCUUUUGAAUCAGUUUGACAAUGCAAGAUGGUUGAUGGAGAACACCACAGCAGGGGAAAGUGAAGAUGGCUUUGUUAUUUACAAGAUGACACUGAAGAGGAAGUCAACAUUUUACGUGCUCCAUAUGAUCAUCCCAAUCGUCUUACUUUCGUUUUUAAACGUCCUCACAUUUGCACUACCGAUAUCGUCGGGAGAGCGUGCUUCUUAUGCUAUCACAGUGUUCCUGUCUUUGGUCGUAUUUCUAACAAUAGUAGCGUCUGAGAUUCCAAAGAACUCCAACACCAUUCCAGUCAUCUCAGUUUACAUCACGGCAAUAAUAGCACUCAGCACUACGAACGUAAUAACGUCACUUUUAGAAUCGCGACUGGCAUGCAGAGAUAAAUGCACGAAUUCAAUCGGUUCAGGAUAUAGGAAACUUUACCGAUUAGCUUGUAUCUGUCAGUGUAAAUGCGACGAAAAGAGCGAUCUCCAAACUGAGCUUGACUGGAAAGAUGUUGUUACUGCAUUGGACUAUUUCUUGUUUUGGUUAUUUUGUGCGCUUACCUGUGUAGCAACUGUAGUUUGGUUUGUUAUCGCAAAUGGACGGCAAAGUAAAUAAUUAAAACAAAAACAAAAUGACAUGGAAUAAUGCAUAACAAACGAGCGUAAUUCUUCGCUUGAGCAAACAAAACAAAAUUCUACUAAAAUUAAAAAGAAAAUACGUUUAAAUGUUCAGCUUGGUUAAAUAGUGGGAAUACUCGAGGUUAAUGUGACAACCAUAUAAAGAAAAGGUCGAACUGAUCGCCCGUAUAGAGGCAAUAUUAUGUUUGUUAAAAAGAAUAGUCGCCAUGUUUUUAAAUCUUCUUAAAAUUAGUUUGUAAAAUUCUAAUAUACGUGGUUCACAAUUGUUUUUAGGUUUGGUUAUACGACAGGGCUGCCUUACAGUAUUUAUUUAUUUUUUUUAAUUUGGACUCUUGUGUUUAUUACUAUAUUAACACAUAUGCUAAUAUUUCGACUACAAGUUUAUGCAGUUGAACUUAUAACAAUUUACACGAUUGUCACUCUUCAUAAGGAAAAGGUAGAUCGGUUUUGAAAUGUUUACCUACUGAGUAGGAAUCGCUCGUCCUGUGAGCACUUCGGUCGGUAAACGCAUCGGACAAUAUACAAGAAUAAUUCUACAAUUAACUCUUGCUUAUGUUUUAAAUACGUGCCGAAAUCUUGAAAUUAUGCUUUUGUAAAACCUAUUUUGAUUUUUGAAAACUGUUGUCGCAUCUCUUACCUGCAUUUAUUGUCCUUUUUGCUCUAACAAGAAAUGAAACAUUCUAAAAUUUGAACGAUGAAAAUUAAGAUCUUUUGUCAGAUUUUUGUGGUCGUGACAAAAUUAAACUUUGUUUUAUUAUGUUUGUUGUUUUGCUUCCAAAGUUUAAUUUAUACACGACCAAAAAGAUUUGAAAAAAAUUAUCUUAUUUUUGAUCGUUAAAAUUUUAGAAUAUGAAUACAUUAUUUGGUCUUAUUACACUCAGAAUGAAAACGGGAAUGUACACAGAAUCACUCUCGAAGAAUCCCGAAUAGCAAACGUUGCUGAAAAAAUAAUAUCUUAACAAAUUAUAUAUGAAUUAAUCGUCUGGGACACUUUUGAAUGAACAUUUUAAUCAUAUUAAUUUUGCAAAAAAACAAACAAUAUAUAUAUAUAUAUAUAUAUAUAUAUAUAUAUAUAUAUAUAUAUAUAUAUAUAACAUAAUGAUACAUUCAUACAUUUUGUUAAUUAUGCUAUAAUUAACUUAGUAUAGUAAGAAUUAUCUUGAUUAAGCAUACAUGUUUAAGUGUAUUAUCUCGUAUUCUUAGUUUGUAGUUUGAAUUAUAUUUUUGCAUGCCGGUGUUUUAGUAUAUGCUUUAUUCUUCAGUUUCUGAUCAAUGAAGUUACAAUACAAGUUUGUGAGAUUUUAUUU